CCCUCUCAGAGUUGUUCAGACUGGAGGGAGGAAUGGCGGCCCCUCGGAGUUUCUUCAUCUCUCUCUGCGGGUUAUUUCUGGUUUUAUAUUUUUCUUGUGGAUCUACGACCUCAGGCAACAAAAGAGCCAACCAGGAGCGAUGUGGUUUCAAGGUGCAGUCUGGUGCAGAUGGAGGUCGCAAGUUGGCCGUCACCUUCAGAGCUGACAACUGCUCAAUAAACUACCCGCUGGGGAAACAUGUGAUCCAUGAGGUCACCAACGUCUCCUUCAGCCAUCUCGCCUGUGAGGAUCAGGCCGCCGUGGUCGUCCACUGGUCCGCCAGUCCACUAGGAAUCGAACACAUUAAAGGCUUCAGAGUUUAUCUGGAGGACAAGAACCCAGAAGGGAAACAGUGUCAACAUCUCAUCCUCAAAGACCCACGACAGCUCAACUUCUCCUACAAGAACACGAAGCUGAGCAGUCAGCCGUUCAGCGGUUUGACCUUUGACACCGACUACAUGGUUCGUGUUGUUCCUUUCCCGACUCUGAUGAAUGAGAGCUUCUUCCCACCGUCCUUCCUCAGGACCAACUCAUGUGAAGUCCUCCUGGGAUCAGACAACCUGGUUUGCAAACCCUUCUGGAAGCCAAAGACCCUGAACGUGUCUCAGCUGGGGUCGAACCUCCACGUGGCAUUCGACCAGGCUCCGGCCUCCUUCGGCUUCCACUUCUACUACCUGUACUACAAACUGCGGCAGGACGGACCCUUCAGACUGCAGCGCUGCAAACCAGACAUGAACCAGGCCAGGACUACAUGCAUCCUCCAGGACGUCACUCCAGGGACCUACACUAUAGAGCUGAGAGACGACAGUAACACCACCAGGAGGCAGACUCAGUACCACGUCAGCCAGGUCCACUCCCCCUGGGCGGGGCCUAUCCGUGCCAUGGCCAUCACAGUGCCUCUGGUCAUCAUGUCUGCCUUCGCCACUCUCUUCACUGUCAUGUGUCGCAAGAAACAGCAAGAAAACAUCUACAGCCAGCUGGACGAGGAGAGCAGUGAGUCGUCCAAUCAGAGUGCAGCAUUGAACACGGAGCGUCCGUGGCCCCGCCCCAAAGUCUUCAUCUGUUACUCCAACAGAGACUGUCCCAAACACAUCAACGUCAUCCAGAGCUUCGCCUACUUUCUGCAAGACUUCUGCAGCUGUGAGGUUGUGUUGGACCUGUGGGAACACCUGGAGAUGUGCAAAGAGGGUCAGAUGUCGUGGCUCAGCAGACAGCUGGACGAAGCCAACUUCAUCAUCACCAUCUGUUCCAAAGGCCUACGCUACUACGUGGAGAAGAAGAGCCGCCGAGGGAAGACACCGGUCAGUCGCCGUGGUAACAGCAGCAGCAGCUCUCCAGUCGGUGGUUCAGGCAGUGACCUGUUCAUCGUGAGCGUGGCCAUGAUCGCUGAAAAGCUGCGGCUGGCGAAACAGAGCGAAGGGGGCGGGGCUCAGGAGCUGAACCGCUACAUGGCGGUUUACUUCGACUAUUCAACAGAAAACGACAUCCCCACCAUGUUAAGUCUGGCUCCCAGGUUUAAGUUAAUGGACCAGCUGCCUCAGCUCUUCAGUCGGCUCCACUCCAGUCAGUCCAGUUUCUCUGAUCGCGAGUCGCAGCCUCACAACGUCUCCAGGAGGAACUACUUCAGGAGUAAAUCAGGGCGCUCGCUUUACGUUUCUAUCUGCAACAUGCACCAGCACAUCAGUCAGAACCCUGACUGGUUUGAGAAGCAGCUGGCUCCUUCUGGAGGCUCCUCGCCCUCUUCUGCCUCCUCCGGCUCCUCCUCAAAACAUCCUCCUCUCCCUGCUGACCCGGCUCCGAGCCCUCCUCCGAAGCCUCACUGCUCCUCGUCCUCCGCCUCGUCUCAACCCGAGCAGAAGUUUGACUCUGGCUUGGUGCUGAAUGAGGUGGCGGUGAAGAUGCCAUCGCUAGAGUGCGGAAAGGGAGGGCCAAGGAGGAACUUGCUCCUGCUGGCUCCUGGCUCCAGUCCUAGCCUGAACCUAGGCAUCAGCCACAGUCCCAGUCCAAGUCCUGGUCCCUGUCCCAGUCCUGGUCUCUGCCCCAGUCCAGGCCUGCCACAUUGCUCUCUGUCUAUGCUGGGACCCACUUCAAGGUCAACUUCUGGAAUAUCUGGCGAGUUACCAGGAGAAUCCUCCUCCUCCUCCUCCUCCUCCUCCUCCUCUGCUCCCUCUAUCCUCCAAGAUGAUAUAUGCCCUGUUGCUACCCAGGCAGAAGAAAGCGGUCUUUCCCCUCCAGAGCUCCCGCCUCCUCGGGAUUCGGGCAUCUAUGAUUCGUCAGUCCCUUCCUCAGAGCUGUCCAUUCCCCUAAUGGAGGGACUUUCACAUGACCAGGCUGACUCCUCCUCACUGGCCGACAGUGAAUCAUCUUCUUCUGGGCUGGGUGACGAGGAGCCACCUGCUGUUACGUCGCUCCACUGCAGCGCUGCCACAGUUUGUAAAGCUGAGCUGCACCACCAUCACCACCUGGAGCACAGUGAAGGACUCGCACCUGUGGCGUCAUUGUAGGGGACAUCUCCUGCCCAUCAUAAGAGGACAAGUCCAGUACUGUCAUCACAGGGCCAAAAAUGUGUUGGACCUGAAACCCUAUCUUAAUAGUUCUGUGAUCCCAUCGUCAUGGAAACAAAACUGGAAUUAAUUAAAAGGCACUGCAGUGGUUCAACCGAUGGAAAUGACUGAGUUCUAGAAUGCUGGUCUGCAGUAACUAUGGUAACCACUGAAUUACAGAACACUUGCAAGUAUGGUUACCACUCAGUUUUAGAAUACUAGCCCUUGGUAACUAUGGUAACCACUGCAUUCUAGAACAUUGACAGCUGUAAGAAAUAUGGUAUCCACUGGUUUCUAGAACACUACUCUCCUGGUAACUAUGGUAACCACUGAGUUCUAGAACACUAGUCCCUGGUAACUAUGGUAACCACUAAGUUCUAGAACACUGGUCUUGUUCCCAGUAAUUACGAUAACCACUGCAUUCUAGAACAUUAGUCCCCGGUAACUAUGGUAAUCACUACAUUCUAGAACAAUAGUCCAAGUAACUAUGGUAACCACUGGGUUUUAGAACACUACUCCCUGGUAAGUAUGGUAACAAUUGUGUCUAGAAGACUCGUCACUGGUCGCCCUGCUGGAGGAUUUUUGAAGGACUGGAUCUUCGGACGCUGGCAGAGCAGACCAGUUCAAACCAAAGACUGCCUCAGCACUGCGUCUCGAUUGAUUGAUUGAUAGACACCUGACUCAUGUAUGAGUUGAUGUUCGGUACCAAAACAUGAUGCUGAAACAAACUGUUUAUUCAAGCACUUUUUGAUGCAGAAACACAGGAAGACACAACGCCACAAACAUGUUCCCCGGCAACGACAUCUAACAGGAUCAAAGCAGCUUCUGAGAUCCACAAAGGUUUUUACCAAAAGCUGCUGAAUGUAUUAACACCUUAAGUGUAUUAUUCUCAACAUUUAAGACCAAAACCAAAAACCGUAUAUUCAUAAAUGAAUGCUGUCCUUUAAAAAGUGCCAGUUUUUAAUGUAAUAUGCCUUUCUAUUUUAGGAGGAGCAUUUUUCAUUAUAAAGGGGAAUUCCCCCAAAACAGUUUAGAACAUUUUAUCAAUAAGCUCUGGAUUUUAUUGAGUUUUUCCUCUCAUGUUUUAACAUCAUACCUUAUUUUAAAAUGUUUUCAACAUAGACAACACAAUGUUUGUUGACAAUGACUCAUCGUUGGAGCAGCAAGUGACAUGAUGACCACUGCCUAAUCGUGAAUCAUUAAACCGUCAAAGAAAAUGUACUAAAACCUGCUAAUGUGAUAUAAAAUGGUGGAAGAGUUGUGUGAGCUAUGUGUUAAAUUGAAAUUAAGUUUUUAUUGCAUUUUAUUUUGUCUGCAUGUUAAUUUACAAAUUCAGAACAUACAAUUCAAACUCAUUUAGCCGUUGUUGCCACUCCUACACCAUAACAUAUUAAGUACUGUGGUUACAUUGUUAUGCUUAAGGUUACAUAUUUUAAAGUAUUGAAUAUUAUUGUUACAUUUACAGUUAUAUAUUUCUUAAUGCUUUGUAAUCGUUUUCUAACAUUGUUGCAGGAAGCAGCGAUGAUGAGGGCAUUAUGAAAAGUGACACUUUUGUUUUAAAAUUGUAAACCACUUUAAAUAUGCCACUAUGGAAGCCCAUUCCUGCCAGAACAUGAAAUAAAUACAUAAAAUGUUGUUAAAUUUGUCCAAUGAAACAAGAAAUUUAUGUCACAUUUUUGAUUUACUAAGUCAAACUUAGGAGAUACAAAGUUUAAAUUAUGAGAUUAAGUCCCCCAGAAAUAAGUCAACAUUUUGAUUUUAAAAAGAUCAGAAAGUAAGUCGUAAUUUUGAUUUAGAACCUUUAAAUUAUUUAAUAGCUGUGACUUAGUAAUUAUUAUGGCUUAACUUGAAAUCUUAGUUUUUUUCAUAUUGUGGUAUAAAUGGGCUUCCGUACACUUCAUCCCAUGAACAUAUUACAUAACUGGAACCUUUGUUUCGGGACUGAACCAUGUUUUCCUUGUUUAAAGUUUUAUAAAGUCUUAUAUUUUCUGACUGAAAUGUUUGAGUUGCUGUUGAAGGUUGAGCGUCGACUUCUGGUUCAUGUGCAGGUUUGAGUUCGAUGGAAGGGAAGUUUCAGCAUUUCCUACUUGUAAAUAUUAUUUUUAUUUUUCCAUGGAAAUGUCUGUUCUGCUUCAGUUUUGUAUAGUUAGACUGUUGUUUUAUUAUUUUUUCUACAUUUUCUAGGAAUGUACUGUUUUAUAGUACCUUUAAUGUAGGAAUUAGAUUAAUCAAUCUAAUAAAACGUUCCUCUUUUAA